AUGGAGGCAUCAGAGGAGGAUGGGGAGGACAACGAGGCAUUCCUGGAGCGGCUGAUGGCACGGACGGGACAGAGGAUGCCGUUGCAGGAGCUGGAGGAGCAGUAUGAUGUGCUAGAGGAGCUGGGCAGUGGGACCUACGGCCGCGUGGUGCUCACGGAGCCCCGGGAUGGCGGCUCACCAGUGGUCCUCAAGCUGAUGGCAAAGGAGCAAACGGACCGGUGGGCAUUCCUGCGGGAAUACUGCAUCACCUUGUGCCUCUCCAGCCAUGACACUUGCAUCCGUGCCCUGCCCAUCGUCUUCGAGAGUGCCACACACUUUGUCUUUGGGCAGGAAUUUGCUCCUGCUGGGGACCUGUGUGAUCUCCUCAACCCGGGGGAAGGCCUUCCAGAGGUGCUGGUGAAGCGCUGUGCGUCCCAGGUGGCCGAGGCACUGGAUUUCAUGCACAGCCGGGCCCUGGUGCACCGGGACGUGAAGCUGGACAACGUGCUGCUCUUCGAUAACGAGUGCCGGCGGGUGAAGCUGGGCGACUUCGGGCUCACGCGCCUGCAGGGCUCUGCGGUCUGUGCCAUGUCCAGCACGCUGCCCUACGCUGCGCCAGAGCUCUGCCUGCUCCAGGGCUCUGAGACUCUGGAGCUGGACUCCAGCCUGGAUGUGUGGGCUUUCGCUGUGCUGCUCUUCUGCCUCUGCACGGGCUGCUUCCCCUGGGCUGGGGCUGUCAGCUCUGACCCACAGUUUGAGGACUUCAGCACCUGGCAGGGCAGGGCAGUGGGGUGGGAGGUGCCGUCAUCCUGGCAGACCUUCGGCUCUGGGGCGCAAGAGAUGUUCCGGCGCUUGCUCACGCUCGACCCUGACCGCCGGAGCCCAGCCAUCGAGGUGCAGAAAUACCUGUCCCUGCCGUGGGUGAAGGCCCAGAGCCAGGGUUCGGAGACCACCAGGGCUCAUCCUGCGAACCAUGACAGACAGGAACCGGCAUCGAGCAGUUCCCAGUCCCCCCUUGCCCAGGGCUGUGCCUCAGCCAACAGCUCAGAGCAGAGCACCAGGUCCACCCUGGGGACAAGCCAGCCCAGUGCGCAGGGGGGAUUUGGGGCCGGGCUGGGAGGACAGGAGACUGCCAGAAGGAGAGAGCAGGGCAACAACAGCCGGAGCGGAGACAAUGGGGUUCCCACAACCCCUGCUAAUGCUCUGGCCCUGUGCCACUAG